AUGCUCACUUCUGCCUCAUUCCUGGGCUUUCGCUGUCUAUCGCUCUUGCUGCUCGCGCAUUCACUCGAUGCGGCGGCGAUCGCUCCCCUGCCUGGUGCUGUGUCGUCUGGCUAUGCGCCGACGAUGGGUGCAUGUCCCAGCACGCCGCUUGUACGAGACACCGGAUCUCCCUUGAAGGGGUCACAAGCGGUGAGUGCCGAGGAAGCAGCCUAUGUCGCAUCGCGACAAGCAACUUUGCCGACUCUAUGGAAUACCUACAUAUCGAGCACUGGCACUGGCUACACGAAGGCGCAAUUUACAAAGGGGUACCCCAAUUUUGGCAUAGCCGUUUCCGGCGGCGGCGAACGUGCAGCUUUAUACGGCGCGGGCGCUCUGUCCGCCUUUGAUGCACGCAAUUCGAGCGCUGUCAGGACGAAGACAGCGGGUCUUCUUCAGCUUGCUUCUCGCAUCACUGGUCUCUCGGGAGGCUCAUGGAUUGUUGGCUCAUUGGCUUCUCGUGGCCUGCCGACCUUGUCAUCCCUCGUCUUCGGCGGCGACAGCUCACCGAACGGCUGGAUCCUGCAAAAAGGAUUAUUCGAGACUGGGGACCCUGCUGGAGAUGCUGCCUAUUAUGCCAACAUAUUGCACGAUGUCGAGGCAAAGCGCCUUGCUGGCUUUCCGGUCUCUCUGACGGAUGUCUUCGGACGGACGAUUGCUUACCAUUUCGAUCCUGGCACCACGAUUGCCAACUUCUACUCUGCCGCGGCGCCUAAUCAUGCAGCAGCGCUCGACUUUGGACCGACCAUCAAAUCGACUAUGGCAUACACGAAAUUUCAGAUGCCUUACCCGCUCAUUGUUGUUGACAGCUUGCAAUAUGACACUGAGAAAGUCGAUCUUUCGGAUCCGGUAUAUGAGAUCGGACCUGCCGAAUUCGCGAAUUACGACCCUAUCCUAUCGAGAGCGACGAACCUGACGUAUCUGGGAACAGAGAUUAAUAACGGCAAACCCGUUGGUCAAUGUGCCAUGCACUUUUCAAACCUCGGCUUCGUGCAAGGCUCAUCGGCUAGUCUGUUCGUCGAUCUGGUCAAUAACAUCACCAGUAUUGCAGCUCAGCUGGGUCUUGCCGCGCUUGCAGAUGAACUGCAAGCGACAAAAGCUCUGACGGCAAGAUACCCAAAUCCUUUCGAAGGUCAGAUGCCCUCGACGUACGAGGAGUCCAACCAGCCUGUCAUCAGCAUCGUGGAUGGCGGUCUCAAUCUCGAGAAUGUCCCGUUCGCGCCACACCUCGUCAAGGCCCGCAACACAGAUGUCAUUCUUGCUCUUGAUGCUUCGGCCGACACGUCUGACAACCAUCCUGACGGUGCCAGCUUGAUUGCAACUAGCCAACGCGCAAGCAUGUCGCAGGGCUAUUUUAGCUUCCCACCUGUGCCAAGCUCGACAGGCGCUUUCCAAGCUGGCAAUUACAGCUCUAGGCCGACAUUCUUCGGCUGUAAAUGCGAGUCUACUACGGCUAGUCAGACUUAUCCGCUGGUGAUAUACCUGCCCAAUCGACCUAUUGGCGCUGGCACGACGACUAAUUAUUCCACCUUUACGCUAUCAUACACACUCGCACAGCAAAGCUCCUUCUUCGACUAUGCUCAUACUAUUGCUUCGAGCGGAAUCCCGACGGCAGACGGCGGCUCCGACCCUGCAUGGGGUACAUGUCUGGCAUGCGCUGUGCUUGAUCGAGCCAGAAACCGUGCGGGACCUCUAUCCCUUGCCACCGUUGACAGUCUCGCGAAGGUACAUCGUUCCAGUCGCAAUCCUCAGCGCUGGAGGAAGACGCAGAUCAUCGUGGCUCCGACGAGCAUCGUGAUGGCAGUCAAGACGAAGUCGGCCGUGGCCAAGAAGCCAAGGAAGCAGCGAGAGAUCCUCUCCUGCGAUCAUUGUCGAGCAAAGGUGCUGUCGCCUCAGUGUGAUCGACUGAUGCCUUGCGGAGCUUGCAAGACACGAAAGGUCUUGUGCAGCAACGUGGGCAAGCGAGAAUCCAUCCUGGCAUCCCACCAUCAAGAACUGAUGGCGGAUACAAACGCAGCAUCUCACCGUUCUCGCCGCGCUCCGUCAUCUGUCAACCUGCAGACUCCGUUUUCCGAUGAUGACAUGACAGAUGCAGAUGGCGAAGCAGAAGCAGCGGAAAUCGACGACGACAGCACGAUCUUGGGCGAACCUGCUCUCGAGAAUAGGAGCGCCAGCAUAUCGUCAAGCUCCACGCUCAUCUCUCAAAACGAAGCACACAUGGGCGCCAGCUGGACGAAGCUUCCCCCUGCUUUCGCUCACCUGGAGCGUAUCGAGAUACCAGCGAUAAGGGAGCCUCCGCCUUCCCACCCCGUGCAGGAUGACUUCCUGCAGAGAGUCUAUGACAACAGUCAUGGACGAACCUUCAAGCUUGAGAUGCCCCUCGACAAGGUCAAACAACACAGUCAAUAUACUGCCAUGGCCAAUGCCUUCGAUAGCUACGGCGAGCAAUUCUAUUCGCCCUGCCAGACCGACAAUUUUCUUGCCGCUUCGGAUUUCUCAUCGCAGCAUGGAGAAGCUCUCGAGCUCGCUGGCUCCUCUGGCGCCUGA